AUGCUGCUCCGCUAUGUCACAUCUUAUGUCACAUCUUAUGUCAUCAAGUUGCAUGAUUGUACCACAACUGACGGCAUGUAUUCUUACAAACUUGAAGGCAGACAAGCUGCAAUGGGAUAUCUCAUGCGUAAUAUGCCAGCUGAACCUGAAAUGUGGUUUUUCCUUUUUUCUAAAAAAGUCGCAUGGUGUGGUAGUCGAACAAAAAUAGUUCCUACUAGUGAAAAUGCUUCUAAUGAUAAGACAGUCCAGAAAUACUGGAAACGCACUAAGCAGUGUGAGAACUUGACAAUGGUUGAAUGGCUUCGUCUCUUUGACACAAAUAAAACAAAUCCGAAAGCAUACAAACAAGGUUCAACCAUUGUUGGCACAAAAACAUUGUCACUCUUCAACAAGGAAUAUUUCUUCCAAUAUGUUUUGUUAAAUUUGUCACAUACGAAUGUCAAUACUCUUCGUCACCCCAACCAUGAACAACUUCCAAACCAACUACAGUGGUUUGCUGCAGCUCUUCAUCACUUUCCUGAACUUUGGACAAGGGAUGACAAAUUAAAAUCUUGGCUAAUAACACAGGGCCAUUGUGAGACUUACAUAACGUCAAUUUUAUCAUAUAUUGCCAGCUUACGUGACCUCCUCUAUCUCUUUAGAAUUCAAGUCAUUCGUAAUGAACAAUUACAAACUGUGCAACAGUUUCCUCAAAGUUCAUUUACCCUCAAUAGCUACCAACUGGCUGUAUCACAUCACAUAGACAAAGCCGUUCAUUCAAGACAGCAAUUUUACACUAAUAACACUUCAUUAAACUCCUAUGAAUACAUAAGUGAUAGCAAUAGCAACACUGAUAGUGAAAAUGAUGAUCACACCAAUUUCCAACAGUCUGAACAGCCAAGCCAACCAAAUGUCAUGAAUGUUGAUAUGCCACAUUGUCACAACAGUGACAUUCGAUGGGAAAAACCCAUUCUUCUCAUAGGAAAGGCUGGUUCAGGAAAAACAGAAACAAUAUCUCAAUGCGUUUACAAGUAUGUCCAAAUGGAGGAAAAUAUACUCGUAGCAGCCCCAACUGGUUUCCUUGCUACUCUUUUUCGGGCAAUUUUACCUGAAGAAGUAACUUGUGAAACAGUCCACUCUGCAUUUCACAUACCCAUAAAUGUGAACGAACAGCCUUCCACAAACUGGAAUCUAUCUCAUUAUGACAUAAUCAUCAUUGAUGAGAUAUCCAUGAUAUCAGAAACCAAUUUCCAACAUGUAUUGGACACGUUGAACAGGUUGAUUUUUAGACCAGUUCUCGUUGUUUGUGGUGACUACGCUCAACAGCAACCAUUUGAAAAAUUAACAAAUCGCACAGUCAAUGUUUCGAGUCCAUUGAACAACCAAUCGGUCCUAGCUUCUGCUUACAAGUACAUCCUGAAUGGACAACAUAGAGUUGGUGAUAGUGAUUACUUAGAAUUUCUCAAUCACAUUAGGCACUGGAUACCCACUGAGGCUUUACUACAGCAAGUCCAGGAAGGACGAGUAUUGUGCCCAGAUGGAGUACUAGACCCACGGCGAGUCAUCGAAGCAUUUCAGGCGAAUCCCGACUCAACUCUUUAA